GGAGAGCGCGGCGCGCGGGGUCCAUAUAUAACCCAGAGGUGAAACUGAAUCAUCAGAGCCCCAACUAUGUGUUUUGGUGCCCAAAAGUUAGGUUACUCUGUCUGCAUAAAGUAGGUUAGCUAGGCGACCCAUGUGAGGUGAAUUACGGAAAGUAUUGAGGGGACACGGACAGACGCAUGUGAGGGAAGUUGGAACAUUUUCUGUUUUUAUCGGGAGUUCAGCAGGAGAGCGAGAGUAACACUUCAGCGCAACGCUAGGUUCAGGCCCUGGAGGGAAGCAUGUGGCUCCUGGAGAAGUUCCGUGGCUCUCACAAUGGUCACUCUGCAUCGGCAGGGGACAAGCAGCAGAACCAGACCGGCCCCAUCUCCGUCUAUAACAACAUCAUCACCCCUGAUAAGAUCCCUGACUUCUUCAUCCCCCCCAAACUCAUCUGCUGCCCUUCAGAGGCAGAGUGCCUAACUCCGGAGACCCAGCCCCGCUCUACUCUGUGCCCCUCCGCCUCGGAGCACACCAUCUGCAGCCAAACCCAGGGCAACUGCACCCGGAACCCCCGCAGCCCACGUCUGCUCUCCCGGCUGGCUGGGGACACCCGCAGCCUCUUGAGGGCCGCUAACCGCCACGUCAUCCAGAUAGAGAGCGCUGACGACCCGGGGAGCGGGGUAGGGGAGGGGGGAGACCCUAACACCAAUGCAGACCCCCAGUCCCAGACAGCCAUGUCCCUGCCUUACAUCCCAAAAGCCCAGACCUCGUACGGCUUCUCCACGCUGGUGGAGAGCCCCCACACCCGCCGCAAGGAGUCCCUGUUCCACAGCAACCCCAACAGCCCCCACACCUCCCCGGGCAUCCAGAGACGCACUCAGGGGGGGAACCACCUGACCCCUUCUGACCCCAACCCCUACCGCUAUUUCAGCGGGGGUGAGAGCGACACGUGCUCCUCAGCCGAGUCCUCCCCGUUUACCUCCCCUCUCCUCACCCGCUCCGCCUCCCUCCUCCGAUCCAUCACCCAGGAGACGCAGGCCAAGGUGUCUCGUGCCAAGCGUACCCUGGCGCGCCACAGCUCCCUGUCUACAGACGAGUGCAGCUCAGCCGACAACAGCCCCAACCUGACGCGCCGCCGCCUGCGCUGCCCUCCCUCCCCCGCCUUCCGCGGACGCAAGGGGACCGGCUCCGGGGGGGCAAGUUCAGACCUCCAGCGCGAGCACUCGGUCAACCUCCACAAGGGCGGCACGCUGAGGAUCAGCAUGCACUACGACGCCGAGACGGCCCGGCUGAGGGUCCGAGUGCUCGCCGCCGAGGACCUGUAUGACAAACAAACGGACGUGAAGAGCAUCAACUGCUGCGUGUCUCUGUACCUGAACCCGGGCAAGCAGCAAAAGCAGAGGAGCACUAUCAUCAAGAACAGCAGGAACCCCGUGUUCAACGAGGACUUCUUCUUUGACGCGGUGCCCGCCACCCAGGUCAAGAGCCUGGCCAUGAAGAUGAAGGUGGUGAACAAGGGGACCAGUCUGAAGAGAGACGUGCUGCUGGGAGAGAGGGAGGUGCUGCUCAGCGAGCUGCUGCCAGGCUUCUAGGGACACAAAGAUGCUCCCUCCCCUGGUUAUCGCCCUUAUCAUCCUUCACUCGUUUACUCCAUUUGCCUGAUCUGAUAGGGAAUCAAUUAUGGUGGGCACUAGGUAGAGCUAUUGCUUCACAGUUCAUCUACCAUAGUUUACCUACCACAGUUAACCUACCACAGCUCACCUACCACAGUUAACCUACCACAGCACACCUACCACAGCACACCUACCACAGCCCCCCUACCACACCACAACACCCUUAGCACAGCUCACCUACCACAGUUCACUUACUACCCAGUCAAGUCAGAUCUGUGUACGGGAUUGAACAAGAACAAAGGGGAGCAGACAACUUGUUGGAAUGAAAUGCGGCCAAGGUGUUUCUUCUGUCUGGAUUGACUGAGAUUGACUGAGAUCAAGCCCUGUGGUGGAGCGCUUUAGUGAAAUUGGUCACCUUGGAGACCAGCAUGUAGCAGAUCAGAGUGAGGAGGUGUGUGUGUGUGUGUGUGUGUGUGUGUGUGUGUGUGUGUGUGUGUGUGUGUGUGUGUG